CACUACUCCUUCCAGACGUCCCAGUUUCAUCAUAACAAACCAAGAAACUUCGAUUCGAUCCAACAACCGUUACAGCUACAACCUGGAAACCAUUAUUGAAUCGUUCGUUAACUUACAUAAAAUCUUCAUAGGAUAAGAUAGCCAUGACAACAAUAUUAAUGAAUAGUAAUAACCCGGCGGCCUCAUCAUCAUUGAGAAGCAGCUGCAUGGCCAAAGCUCACCAAUUGCUUUCACCAUCGCCCACUACUCCAGCUGCGACACUAUGGGACAUCAGGUGCUCCUUCCACUCCCUCACAGCCCUCCUCGUCGCCCUUCUCGUCCUCGGAGCCGUUUUUCUCACCGGAGAGACCGAGAACUUCUUGUUCAACGCCGAGGGUAGUACCAUCCAGCGCCGCCGAGAAAGCGUUAUGGACGACGCGCCGCCGCCAUCGCCAUCGUCUUCCAAGUGUGAUCUGUUUUCUGGGAAAUGGGUAUACGACAACACGUCGUACCCUUUGUACAAGGAACAAGAAUGCACCUUCAUGUCCGACCAAUUGGCCUGCCAGAAGUUCGGAAGAAAAGAUUUGGACUACCAACAUUGGAGGUGGCAACCUAAUCAAUGCGAUCUUCCAAGGUUCAACGCCACAGCAUUGCUGCAGAAACUAAGGAACAAGAGGCUUGUUUUUGUUGGGGAUUCUUUGAAUAGAGGGCAGUGGGUUUCCGUGGUCUGCCUUGUUGAUUCUGCCAUUCCACCUUCCUCCAAAUCCAUGCACUAUAAGUACAAUGCCUCCUUGAUCAUUUUCAAGGCCAAAGAAUUUAAUGCAACAAUUGAAUUUUAUUGGGCACCAUUACUGGUGGAAUCGAAUUCCGACGAUCCGGUGCACCACCGGCUGCCGGAGAGAAUAGUGAGAGCCAACGCAAUCGAAAAGCACGGCAGCCGGUGGACUGAUGCCGAUUAUCUAGUCUUCAACACUUACCUUUGGUGGAGACGACCCCAUAUCAAAGUCUUGUGGGGUUCAUUUGACGAUGUAAGGAGCGACGGAAUCUACAAAGAAGUAGAAAUGGUCCGCAGCUAUGAGAUGGCCUUGAAAACAUGGUCCGACUGGCUCGAAAUCCACAUCAAUCGUUCCAAAACCCAAUUGUUUUUCAUAAGCAUGUCCCCCAUCCAUGAAAGGGCGGAAGAAUGGGGGAAAGAGGUAGGGGAGAGUUGCUACGGGGAGACGGAGGCAAUAAAGAAAGAAGGAUACCAGGGGAACGGGUCGGAUCCAAAGAUGAUGAAAGUGGUGGAAGCCGCCAUUGAUGAACUGAAAGGGAGAGGUGUAAACGUGGGAUUCAUAAACAUAACGCAGCUAUCAGAGUACAGAAAAGAAGGGCACCCUUCAAUAUAUAAGAAGCAAUGGGAGCCAUUGACGGCGGAGCAAAUAGCAAACCCCAAAGCCCACGCAGAUUGCAUCCAUUGGUGCCUUCCUGGAGUUCCUGAUGUCUGGAAUCAACUCCUCUAUGCUCACAUUUUCAAUUACGUCUAACAUUUUUGUUUUUUUAAGGCUAUUUGAUUUGGCAAUUGUAUAUAAGUGAUCAUCUCACAAUUGCUACUACCCUAAUUUGUGCCUGACUUAUUUGUGAUCCUAAAUAAUUAAGAGAUCACAUGUUCAAUCACCACUUUUGUCAAAUAUAUCAAAAAGAAAGUUUUUAUUUUA